GUGGAGCCAUAGCCUUGGUGCUCGUUGGCCAAUAGUAUGCGGGUUUCUGAUAUCUGAACUUUCAAAUCUGAGCUUGUGGAGGGAGGAGGGAGUAUGAAUCUUAGAAUAUGGGAGUUGACUUUCUAAAAAUCUUCGGAGAGUUAUGCCCAAGCUUCCUCCGAAUUCCAUCAGGUUCCCAUAAGAGAACUCCUCUAUUUUAGGAUCUCCCUUCAAGUAAAUUUAGCUUCACUGCUAUCCCACUUAACACUCAGACGCCUACACAUUCCAUACCAACAAAUCAGCUUCAACGUUUCCAGCACCCCUGGAUUAAGCUUAACCUUAUAAUUUAUAGCUGCGUAAUGCCUGCACACGCUACGGUCAAAGCCUCUCCAGAUGUCCAUCCCCUGAAGCGCUACCCGCGUGCGCGCCUAAUCUACAAGCGCGGCGAUGACUCCAGCCAAGUAUGGGACUUGGGCAACGGGAAGCUGUACAAGUUCCGUCCUCAUAAGAGAGGAGUCUACGAAUCGGAUAUUCACGCCCUGAUCCAACGCAACACAAGCAUUCCCGUUCCAACCAUAUACAGGGAAUGGGUGAGUGCCACUCGCGGUGGGCCUGUCCAUCACAUGAUUAUGCAAAAGAUCGAGGGAGAGCCAUUGCAUAAAUCGUGGGCACGCCUUAGCAGGUCGGUGAAGGAAAGACUAGUCGUUCAGCUGGGAGAUUACCUGAAUCAACUGGGCAGGAUAACAUCCCCUUCCAUUUGCUGCGUCGGGGGUGGCCCUUUGCACGACGAGCACGGCUUUCUCUUCUACCAGAGAGAUGCUGCUCAUGGUCCGUUCUCUGAUGACCAAUCCUUCUGGCUAGCACUCACCUCUCACCUUCGUCGCACCCAGUCUCGUACAAUUCAGAAGGCGCUGGCACAGCUUCGCCACAUAAUGCCGCCUGCCCUGCCCGCAGUACUUACACACGCAGACCUACACCAGGGAAAUAUCCUGGUUCGUAAUGGCAAUAUCGCAGCUAUCAUUGACUGGGAGGGGGCAGGGUUCUUUCCGAGAUGGAUGGAGUAUGUUCGGUAUUAUCCUAUCGACCGCUCUCCUGAGUUUGAGUUUGAGAAUGCGGUGAUUAGGAGGAUGAGACCUUAUCCAGCCGCUAGAAAGUUCAAGAUGAUUUUGGAUACGCUGGGGAGUUCGGAUCGACGCACUGUGGAGUGGGGACUUAUGGAGUUGAUGCGCUAGGUCUCAUACUGGACUAUCGUGGGAGCUUGGUACCGGGGAUUGGGUAAUGACAGAGGUUUGGUGUAUCGAAUGGAUUAUAAUAUUUAUGAUAUCAUAUUAUUAUGUUUUUCUCUUUCUCUGCGAUUCCUGUUUAUCUUGCAUAUCUGAGAAAUAAUGUUGUGGAGGUGGACGAUUUGUAUAGUUUAGAUAUAUGCCUUAGAGCAGUUUUAUCCAUUAAACCGAUCACCUGUUUGGGUUUAAAAGCUUUCACUUGAGUUAUCAUAUUAGCCUUAGAGCCUCCCGCCUUGAAGGAGGUGCUUGGAGGGGUAUGUGGGUUGUUAUCUCCAUUGGCAUUGUAUUUCUAGGCUAAUAACAUAGGAUUGCAGAGGACCUGUUCAGGAGGCGGUUGUUCCUGGGUUCUGGGACAGAAACUAGUGAUUACGACUGACCCUACUCGAGUACUUUUGGAAAUCUGGUUGGUGUUUAGCGUGGCAACAAAACCGUUGCUAGGAAAAUUGAAACCCACAAAAGAGCCCAAACCUAGAGUUUGAAAUUUUACCCCCGGAGGUAAGGUUCAAAGGCCUCGCCUGGGCCCAAUUAUCAAUCUCGUUGAACCUAGGACGAACAAGCCACUAACAGGAUUCGUUUGGGGGACAUCAACUGCAAAAAAGAAAAGAAAAAGAAAAGACUACCGUAUUGA